AACCAAAUUCUUUCGCAUCGCAGUUUCUAAAUUCCCAAGCUCAAGCAAAACCAAAUUCCCUCUCUUCCAAAAAAUCCCUGAAAUCGUCGUCUCUAAUGGCCCGAACUAAGCAAACCGCUAGGAAAUCAACCGGAGGAAAGGCUCCGAGGAAGCAGCUGGCCACCAAGGCCGCCAGGAAAUCAGCUCCGGCGACCGGCGGAGUGAAGAAGCCCCACAGGUUCAGGCCAGGGACUGUCGCAUUGAGAGAAAUCCGCAAGUAUCAGAAGAGUACGGAACUUCUCAUCAGGAAACUUCCUUUCCAGAGAUUGGUGAGAGAAAUUGCUCAAGAUUUCAAGACUGACCUUCGCUUCCAGAGUAGCGCCGUUUCGGCCCUUCAGGAGGCGGCCGAGGCUUACCUCGUUGGGCUCUUCGAAGAUACCAAUCUUUGUGCCAUUCAUGCCAAGAGGGUCACCAUUAUGCCUAAGGAUAUCCAGCUCGCUAGAAGAAUUAGGGGUGAGAGGGCUUAGGUUUAGAGGUUGAUUGUAUUUGCCUCUAGUUUUAGAGUUCUAUAUAUUACUGCACGGAUCUGGUUCUAAAAGAUCGAGUUCUUAAUCUUGUUUGCUACUUGUUGAUGAAGUCACUCUGUAAAAUUUCUUAAGUUUAAUGGUUAACUGAAGAAACAAUAUUGAGAUUUCA